AAAUAUUUCAUAUGGCAAGAAGGUUCUGUCCUAUCUUCCUCAUGCAACCACAGCUCCUCCUCCUCCUCCUCCUCCUCCUCCUCCUCCAUUUAACAUCACCGGCACACGCAAGGGAUAUCUCCACGAUUAGUAGCAAGCCAUCCCUCCCUGAUUUCCCGCCUUCUGCUCAUCAGGAGAAUGCGGUCACCGGAGAUUUAAUAAGUAUGAUGGAAGAUGAAUGUAGGAGGUUGGGCAGUGAAGAAUGUAUAGUCAAGAGAUUCAUGUUGGAGCAUACGGACUACAUCUACACUCAAGACCUCCCCAAACCUUGAAUUUGCUUCCCUUUUCUUUUUCCAUGUUUAUUUAUUUAUUGAUUUUCCCUUUUAAUUAUCCAUAUUUAUUGUUCAUUUUCUUAUUUGGAUAAACUAGUUAAUUACUGAGUUUCUGUUUAAAUUUGAGAAGGAACGGCCACAUAUGUAAUUUCAUCUAUGCCUCAUUAUUGAAAACGAAGUUGUUCUUUCAUCAGA